AUGACGAUUCUUUCUCUGUUGCCAACAAACUAUUCAGGUUUCUUUCAUCAAGUUACUCCUUUUCUGCAAUCGAAGAUUCCAGUGAGAAUUGGUUAUUAUCACAAAGAUGGUUCUAUUACACCACAAACGAUUUGUAAAGCCAACAUGAAACAAAAAUCUUCAAACAAUUUUAGCACCAAGUUUGUGACGUCUGCCUCAAGAAAUGACCAGCAGUAUAUGAGCUAUGAUGAUUCGCCCGAGGAGCCCGUUUUGCUAACGUUGAUCAAAGAAUCCUUAUGGGGUUUAAAAUCUUUAUUUGUGUUUUUAAUCGAGCAACCUAGCCAGCUGAAGUAUAUAGAGUGGCCAAGCUUUAGUAAUACGCUGAGAACCGCGACAUUGACUCUUGUUAUUGUGGCAUUUCUUCUUGUUGCAUUAUCGUCUGUUGAUUCGGCUCUCAGCUACCUUUUGAAUUUAGCUCUUCGGAAGAGCAUAUAA